AUGAACAUAAACAUCCAGCGCCUGAAGACGUACAUGAGCAAGCUGGUGCUAUUCCCUAUGAGCUCCAAGAACGUACGGAAGGGUGAGGCCACCGAGGAGGAGAUGAAGGCCGCCGCUCAGGAUCGCACCCGCUUCGGCACUGCGGCUGUUGGUGGUCUUGUGACGCCAGCCCCCGAGGCCCCGCGCAAGCUGACGGAGGAGGAGCGCACAAAGAACGUGUACAAGUUCCUCAAGAAGAACCACAGCGCGGUUCGCUUCUUUGGUGCCCGCAGGGCUCGUGCAGAGCGAAAGGAGGCCAAGGAGAAUGAGAAGAAGUAA